AAUAGGCCAUAGGUGUUGGAAAGGCCAUGAUUUGAGUACAUUCUGGUCAAUCAAAGAUUGUUGUACUAUGCAUAAUGUUUUGCAAUGUUUGGCUUGCUAUAUUUGAGUGAUAUGGCUAUUAGCAUUGGGACUGUAAGUGUGAUAUUUAUCAUAAAUUAUCUGCUUGUUGCCCUAUUAAGUGUGAUCUUUAUCAUAAAUUUUGAAACUUAUCUUAUUUGAAGGGGCGGAAUGGAUCCUUUUUACGAGAGCAUCCUGCAGGACGGUUUCGACCGUAUGACUUGGGGGGGUCAAUACAUGGGUACCCAGGGGGGUCAACCGACAGUCCACAAGCAGAGAUGUCGCGGUUCUCACAGCCUAUUGAUCUUGGAGGGCAGUCGGAGUUAGGCCAGUUUAGUCUCGGGAGCGAUGAGAAGGGUAGGAAGAAGGUCACCUCGAGGAAGAAGAAGAAGGUGGUCGCGAAAACUGAUAGAACCAAAUGGACUGACGAGGAAGAUGAGUUGUUGGUGUCGGCCUAGCUUAACGUUAGCCAAGAUCCGGUUGUGGGCAUGGAUCAGUCCAGAGAGACCUAUUGGGGCCGUAUCGCAAAGUACUUCAACACUUACAAGAAGGAAAGUAUGAUGCCGAGGACCGACAAAGCGCUCAUAAAUUAUAUGAAGCUGAUCACGGAUGCCGUGACAAAGUUUACGGUGCAUUACAAGAAGAUGGAGCAGCUGAACCCGAGUGGCACCAAUGAACGUGACAAGAUGGCUCGAGCGUGCUCCGCAUAUAAAGCAAUUGAGGGAAAACCAUUCGCGUACACACACUGUUGGGUGCUGCUGGCCGAGCACCCAAAGUGGCAUGCACAUGAAGCGGCAAAGGCGCAGAAGGUCUUGGAUCUUGCGGAAGCACAGUGCAGCCAAGCUGCAGGCAAUGACGUCCCAAAUGAUGCGGCUUCCAACGCGUCGACGGAUCUUCCCCAUCCUAUUGGCCGUGACCAAGCGAAAGCUUCCCGAGAGCGCAAGUCAUCGUCGCAGUCUUCAAUUCCAACCGUGUCUGGAGGAGCAUAUGAAAGACAAUUGCAGGACAUCAGUGAAACAAAGAAAGUGAUGGUGGAGCUUAAGAAGGAGCAGCUGGAGGUGAUGCAUCUCCAAGCCACUGUCCGAAUGAAUGACCAAGACGAAAGAAUUAUAAAGGUUGAUUUGGACAGUGUUUCGGGACCACUGCGCGAGUAUUAUAGGAAGCACCAGGAAGACAUAAUGGCGCGGUGGAAGGUCCUAGAGGACCGAGAGUAGGACGGUUGAACUCGUCACAUAUUUCUUAUUCGGACUGUAAUAUUGAUGGACAUGUGUGUGUGUGUGUGAUGGUACUGUGCAACUUCGGAAUUUUGAACUUUGCUUUGUAAUAUUUGUCACAUUCAAGUACUUUCAUUCAGGACUGCAAUAGUGGGGCUUGUAUUCAUUCGCAGGUACAUUGCACAUGAUGGCUUCGUAGUAGUAGCAUUACAAUAAGAUGUCCUAGCCUUAGACUAACUACAUGCAUUGGACCGACCCUACUUGGAACAUUAAACCAAACUAUAUGCAUUAAACUACCUUACGGAAUACGUACUUUUAGAAGUCUACUGUGCUCCAUGAAUACUCCAAAGGUGCUCCACAAGGUCAUCAAGCAAUUGGCGGUGCACUGCACGGUUGCGGAUAGCUUGAGUUGUUUCGACAUAAUGCAGGACACCUUCAUCACCACUUCGAUGGAUUUGAGUUGGUUCCCCCAUGAAGUCGAACACCUGCACCGGGGAAGCGCUACCGCGCUCGUCCUCAAUUAUCAUGUUGUGCAUAAUAACACAGGCGGUCAUGAUAUUGUGCAAUGUAGACUGAUCACAUGCUCUAGCCGGUCCGCGAACAAUAGCAAACCUAGCUUGCAACACACC